AUGCGAAUCAGCAUAAGCCGCGUCCCUGAUUCGAGGGAUUUGGCGAGGGCGUUUAUUCUGGCAUGUUCAACGAGCACGGCCGACAUGUUCCUAGUUUUGGAUGGGCCCGACGAGCUGGAAAAUUCGGAAGAAGUCAUAUCGCUUCUUCAAUCGUGCGUUGAGGCAGGCUGCAAGGUUUGCGUGAUGAGUCGAGACACUCCGGACAUCCGAGAUUCUCUUUCCGGUGCUAAGCACAUGGAGGUCAGGGCGAGCCGAGAGGACAUGGUCACAUAUGCCAAAGCACGGUUCCAAGAAAGCGAUUUCUGCAAUGUUUUUGAAGCUCGCAAGCACGAUGGAAUUAUUGAGGAAGUCGUUGGGAAGGCAAACGGAAUAUUCCUACUGGCAAAGCUCUUUCUGGAUCGACUUCUUGACCUGGACACCAUUAAACAGAUCCGAAAGGCGUUAUCAUUGCUUCCUACCGAAGUCAUGGGUGCGUUUCAGCAUAGUGUCGCUAGGAUCGAGGCGCAGCCAGCCGGCCAGAGAGAGCUUGCGUAUCGGUUGAUUGGCUGGAUUACACACUCGCACAGACGGCUCAAGGCGGACGAGAUCAUCCAUGCCUUUGCCCUCGAGGAGGGUGUAGAUGAGAUUGACGAAGAGAACCGUCCUCCUCUACCCAGAUUAUUGAAGGUCUGCGUCGGCUUGGUUAAUCAUGAUGCUGAAGACGGAACCAUCGGCAUGAUUCACGACGUCAUUGCUGUAUCUCAGCACUCGAGAGAUGAGGUCCGGGCCAUGUAG